GCGAGCAAAAUGGAAGGAACCAAAGAAGUUCCAGAUCUCACCGAUACCCUGAAAGCGAUAACGUGGAGCAAACGAUUACUCGCUUAUUCUGGAAUUUGGCCAUUGGAAAUUCGAAAUUCAUUGUUCCUACCAUUUUCAUUUUACGGAUGUGUAUACAGUAUUUUAGGAUUUCUCGAUUUAGCAGAUCGUAUCACCGAUUUUCAUUACGUAUUGACAAACAUUAUGGAGAACAUGUUGAUGUUUUUGACAAUGACGAAAUUUGGUUUGUGCCGAGUAAAGUAUCGAUCUAUUUCAAGAUUUUUAAUAGAAACGGAAAACGAUUAUAUCAUCAAUAGUUAUAAAACCGAAGAGGAGAGAAUGAUUUUUAUGAAAUAUAACAGAUUUGCCAUUAGAAUGAUCUUGAUUAUGAUCCUAUUGAUGACCUUCGUACUUCUUACACAUUAUUUUAAUGCUGUUAUACCAAAUGUACUUAUGGUUAUGGCGAAUUCUUCAGUGGAAUAUAAAUUACCUUAUAAAAUAAAGCCGUUACUUAAGCCGUCCGAUGUAAAAAGAUAUGUCUUUGGUUGUAUACACGAAUUUUUUGGCAUAACAUUGGUCCUUUCUGCUUACGUCGGAACUGAUUGUUUAUUGACUUCUUCCGGUUUUCAUCUUACCGGCCAAUUAGCCGUAUUGAAGUGUAAAGUGAAAGAAAUUUUAAACGAUACCGAUGGUUCUCAGCGGGGAAUACAAAAAAUUAUACUUCGACAUUAUCAUUUGAUAAGAUUAGCGGAUAUAUUGGAAGAUAGUUUUAACAUGGUCAUGUUUCUACAUUUGUUAGGUUCAACGAUUCUAAUUUGUACGUCGAGUUAUCAAAUGCUUGUCAGUUUAGCGGUAUUAGAAAAAGUCUAUAUAUUUACAUUCGUUGUAUACGUUUUUCACUUGUCGAUCACAGUGUUCGUUUAUUGUUACAUGGGGGAAUGUCUUAUCGAGGAAAGCACGACCCUAUGCGAAGAAUUUUAUCAUUGCGACUGGUACGAGCUCUCGACGAACGAUUUGAAAUCGAUUUGUCUUUGCAUGAUUCGCGCUAGGAAACCAUUGCAAUUGACUUGUGGAAAGUUUUGCGCUGUAUCCUUGUGCACUUUUACCGACUGGCCUAACUCCAUUUGUCAAUUUUUUCCAGUUGCCAUAAUUACAUGUACAACUUUAUGUUAA